AUGAGGAAUAACCUGACAUAUAUAUACCAGUCUCGAUGUCCCGUACAGCAUGGCCAGCCCAUGAAUACCAAUGCCACGCCUAUACCAGAAGGAUCAUGUCCAGUUCGAGCCAAGGAUUCACCAUUCUACGUUCCUCCAUCAACCUCCGCGAAACCGCAAAAUGCAACACCUUCGGCCCCUGAGCCUGAACAAAAGUCCGAACUUUCAAUGUUGAAUCCACUCAAUUACAUGUUCGCCGACAUAUCUCAAUCUCGAGCACCGAAUCAAACAGUCGAAUUGUCCGUGGAUCGAGAGCCAUCGUCCAUUCCACGUGGUGACAGCUCCGGCGCAAAAUGGGAAUAUCCUUCUCCCCAGCAAAUGUACAAUGCCAUGCUUCGGAAAGGGUACACGGACACGCCACAGGAUGCAGUCGAGUCUAUGGUGUCAGUACAUAACUUCCUGAACGAAGGCGCAUGGCAGGAAAUCGUUGAUUGGGAGCGUACCUUCUCUAAGGGUCUAGUUCAAGGCUGGCAAAAAUGCAGACGUGGAUCGGAAAAUCUAGCCAUGGACCUGGAGCGGGAGAGAAUGAGAUCCGGUGCUGGCGGUGAGACCGAUGAUGAGCCACGUCUAGCUAGAUUCAUGGGUCGACCACAGGAUCUGACUCCCAAGGCUCAGUUUUUCCAGUUGCUGGGUAGAGUGUACCCUUCUAAAUUCGGUACUGCUCCCCCGUUCGACAGACAUGAUUGGUAUGUUCUGCGCAAAACUCCACAAGGAGAUAAGGAGAUCCGAUAUGUGAUUGACUAUUACUCCGGCCCGCCCGAACCUACGGGAGAGCCCGUGUUCUUCCUGGACAUUCGCCCGGCUGUCGAUACCCCUACAGCAGCGGCCGAACGGCUGCUGAAAUGGGGAGGAGACAUCUGGUGGCGUGCCAGCGGCGGAGCGGCCAGAGAGAAUCAAUAG